GCUUUUCAACUCCUGUCAAUGUCGCGGCGAAAUUUCAUUUCAAUUAUCAAUAUUACGUUUUGGGAAAUAACACUGAAAAGAAAAGAGUUAAUUACAUCUACACAAAUCAUCUGCUCAGGUGGAUAAGUAUUCAAAAAUGUUUCGACAUUCAUUACGAUUCGUUCGUUCAGGUCAUCAAUGCAGCCGAAUAUGUCUCGCCUCUGUAUCCAGCUGGUCUUAUAGGUGUCGUGAUGUAAGAGCAUUUAGUGGCUUUGGACUUAAGAAUACUGAAAUGCGGUUGAAUGCUCGAAAACCGCUAUUGAAUACUUGCAAUUGUCGAUCGAUGUUUAUCCAGACUCAAGAAACACCCAACCCUAAUAGUUUAAAGUUUCUGCCCGGUACUCAAGUUUUGGAACCUGGAACGACACUAGAUUUUCCAAAUAUUGGUGCAGCUUCUUGUAGCCCUUUAGCAAAAAUGAUCUUCCGCAUAGAAGGCGUAAAAGCUGUAUUUUUUGGGUCUGAUUUUAUAACUGUCACUAAACAAGACGAUGAUAUUGAAUGGAAACUUUUAAAGCCAGAUAUAUUUGCAACCAUUAUGGAUUUCUUUGCAAGUGGCUUGCCCAUAGUGACAGAUGCAAAGCCCUCAGGGGACACACAAAUCAAUGAAGAUGAUGAUGAAGUAGUCCAAAUGAUCAAGGAAUUAUUAGAUACAAGAAUAAGACCAACAGUACAAGAAGAUGGAGGUGAUGUUUUAUUUGUUGAUUUCAAAGAUGGCGUACUAAGACUUAAAAUGCAGGGGUCAUGUUCCUCAUGCCCCAGUUCAAUAGUCACCUUAAAAAAUGGAGUUCAAAAUAUGAUGCAAUUUUAUAUUCCUGAAGUAUUGGCAGUUGAACAAAUCGAUGAUGAAGGCGAAAAGUUAAGUGAGAAGAUCUUUAAGGAAUUUGAACAAAUCAAGAAGAAGGAAAAGAAUGAAUCUGAAUAAAACCUCUAGAUAUUAGAAGUAGUAAAGCAAUAUUACUCACACAAAUAUGUUGUAAAUAGUGUAUAAUAUGAAUAAAUAUUGUUUCUUUUA